AUGCCAGAAGGUGACGAAUUACAGGUUGAUAAUGAUUCUAGAGAUACAAUUUGUAAAGAUACUGAUGCUAUAACUACUGAAGCAAAAGAUUUAGUAAUUGAAAUAAAAUCUAAUCUUGUUAUACUUAUUUGUGGUAUUUUAACAGUAUCAUUAUUAUCAAUUUUAUUAUCAACAUGGCUAGCAAAAACAAUAAGUAAUACACCAUCAUCAUUCGGUACUAUAUUAAGUCAUUAUUUUGGUUUUGAUCGUAAUGAAACUGAAUCAAAUCUUACAUGGUGGACACCAUUACAUAUUCAAUUAUCUGAAAAAAAAUUUCGACAAUUUCUAUUAAAUAAAACUAAUUCAACAAUAAUAUUAAAAUCAAAUAAAAAUUCUUAUAAUAUUCAUUCUAAUUUUCAUAAAAUUGUUUUACCUUUUGUUUUUGUCGGAGCAAUUAUACUUGCUAUACUAGCUUAUUAUGCACGUAUUAAAUGUACAGCUCGUAAUUUUACAUUGAGUGCUGUACCAAAAAUUCCACUUGGACGUGUUGAUCCACAGUUAGCUGCAGUUACUGUUGAUUCUAUUGUUAAAACAAAACAAGCCGAACCAGGUGUUGAUUAUACAAUUAUACAAGGUACAAAACAACAACCAGUUAUAUUUGCAUUAGCUGAAACAUUACAACCAUUAAAGGAAGAAUGUGAACCUGGAGGUUUAAUUGAUGAAGGAACUCAAUAUGAAAUUGAAGAUGUUCCAAAAACUAUUACACAUACUUCAUCAGCACCUGAUUUACAAACUAUUUCAGCUUUUGUAUCAGCAUCAAAUGAGCAACAACAUAUGAUUGAAUUAUUACAAAGACAACCAUUGCCUACUAUAUUACCAUCAACAUAA